ACUCUUUUCCCCCACCUUAAAAUUACCCACGGAGUUGUCCAAAACAAGGGGGUUUAGUCACAGAGAAACACAUAGACACAUCAUUCAAUUCCCCCAUAAAAAAUCAAACACUUCCCAUCCUUCAAAACUGCCAUCUGUUUCUGCAACCAAAACCUCUUUAAUUUGUUUCUCGGACUUUUUCCUUCGGACAUCGAAAGAAAACUACCAAAACCCAUUUCAUGUCACCUCCCAAACCAAGCUAAGUAUUCCACUCUCUCUCUCUCUCUCUCAAAUUCCUUUUUCUGGGUAAAAUGGCAACCUGCAAUGUCUACACUAUCCAAUCCCUCAACUCCUCUACUUGCUCAAUCUCCACCUCCACAAAUACCCAAUUGGGUUUUCACCAGAAACAGCUACUCUUCUACACCACUAGCAACACCACCACCAUGAGAGGCUGCAGUGGCGGCGGCGGCAAUUCAAUAACAUGCUCAGCUGAUGGCAAGACAGUGGUGAUAGGUUUAGCAGCUGACUCGGGUUGUGGGAAGAGCACGUUCAUGAGGAGACUAACAAGUGUGUUUGGAGGUGGUGCUGAGCCACCAAAGGGUGGGAAUCCAGACUCAAACACACUCAUCAGUGACAUGACCACUGUGAUUUGUUUGGAUGAUUAUCACUCACUUGACAGGACUGGGAGGAAAAAGAAGGGAGUGACUGCACUUGAUCCAAGAGCCAAUGACUUUGAUCUAAUGUAUGAGCAAGUUAAGUCACUCAAGGAUGGGAUUGCUGUUGAUAAGCCUAUUUAUAACCAUGUCACUGGUCUUCUUGACCCUCCUGAGCUCAUCAAGCCUCCUAAGAUUCUAGUCAUUGAAGGAUUGCACCCAAUGUAUGACGAACGUGUGAGGGACAUCUUGGACUUCAGUAUCUACUUGGACAUCAGCAAUGAGGUUAAAUUCGCAUGGAAAAUUCAGAGGGAUAUGGCAGAACGCGGACACAGUCUUGAGAGUAUAAAAGCUAGUAUUGGAGCCCGAAAGCCCGAUUUUGAUGCUUACAUUGAUCCACAAAAGCAAUAUGCCGAUGCUGUGAUUGAAGUGUUGCCCACCCAACUCAUUCCAGAUGACAAUGAGGGCAAGGUUUUGAGAGUAAGGUUGAUAAUGAAAGAAGGGGUGGAGUAUUUCACCCCAGUUUACCUGUUUGAUGAAGGCUCUACUAUCUCAUGGAUACCAUGUGGGAGGAAGCUGACAUGCUCGUACCCUGGCAUCAAAUUUUUCUAUGGUCCCGAUGCUUACUUCAGUCACGAGGUGUCUGUGUUGGAGAUGGAUGGCCAAUUCGACAGACUAGAUGAGCUCAUUUAUGUUGAGAGCCAUCUCAGUAGCAUCUCUACCAAGUUUUAUGGUGAAGUCACACAACAAAUGUUGAAGCACGCCGACUUCCCCGGCAGCAACAAUGGAACUGGUCUCUUCCAGACCAUAAUUGGAAUGAAGAUCCGAGACCUGUAUGAGCAAAUUGUUGCCACUAAGGCUGCAGCUCCUUCAAAAGCUAAAAAAUUCUAAAGUAUGCCUUGAAUAUUAAGCUAUAGAGAACCAAUUCGUCAUAUAUUAUCCCUACUCCACUGGACUUUUUCUCUCAUUUUUCUCCAGAUUUUCUUGUCCCGUCCCUCUAAGGCUCCACUAAUAAGAACUAGAAACAUUUCAUUUGUAUUUAUGUCUAGUUGGAACUUUGUGGAGACUUGUAAUAUAGAGAAACGAAAGCAGAUAUGAAAUUCAGUUAAGAAGAUCAAGGAAACCUUUCGGCACAUUGUUUACUUA